ACAGGAACUCUGCAAAUAAGUGAGAUUUUGCAAAAAUUAGCCUAUUCCCAUGUCGUAUCACUCUGUUUUCUUUUGAUGACAUAUGUUAUGCUUUAUCCUUCUCUCUGUUUCUCAACCACCUCCGAUCUCGUCCGCUGCAGAUUUAGUCUUUUCCUCCAUUUUCUCUUCAUCUAUCUAUCUCUUAAUGAGCUAAGGGAGGCUUCUCACUCUGCAUCAACCAGUAAGCUAGUAAUUGUAGCCGUUUUUUUUGGGAAUUAUUAGAUUUUGUAUCUGGGUCUAUUUUCUUGAGAUUUUGAGGAUAGUCAUUUGGUGUCUCCUUUAUUUCUCCAAUGGGUUGUCAAUGUUGUCGAAAAGUAGUCUUCAGCUUUGAAUUUUUGAGUGCUCGGAUUGAGUUGGUGUUUCCGCCUCCUUGCGCUUUUGAGUUGCAUUAAUGAUGAUUUUUUUGUGCUUUGCAACGGUUGUGAUUCUUUGGGAUUGAUGUUGGUUUCAGUUUGAACUGAUUUGGAUAUGAUAAUGGCUGGGGUUGUUCUUGGAUUGAUCUAUGCUGGAUUCGGGUUUCUUCAUAAUGUAAAGUUGUAUCAUUGCGGAUGUUUGCAUUGGUGCUCAUUUUAGUUGGCUAGUGCUUUUGUUGCAUAUUGAAUCUUGGCAGGAUGGUUGAUUGAGAUAAUGCCUACUUUUAAUAGGAGCAAAUCAUUCAACCAGAAGGCUUUGGGUGUUGGAAGUCCAAGAUUUUUGAGUUUUGGAAGCCCAAGAAUAAAUCGACCAAGCACAGUACCGCACUGGUUCAGGUUGCUUGUUGUGAUCGGAUCCUUGCUUUCAUUUUUCAUAGCCAUUGGAGGUGGUUUUAUUUAUGGGCUCCCAAGUUUCAGUCAAGCCUUUCAGGGUUAUGGGAUAUUUAAAUCCAAUGAUUCAAUAGGAGAUUGCAAUGUUUUUGAUGGAAAUUGGGUUGUGGAUGAUAGUUAUCCUUUAUAUAAUGCUUCUGAAUGCCCUUUUGUGGAACAAGGUUUCAAUUGCUUGGGAAAUGGGCGGAAGGAUGAAGAUUAUCUUAAAUGGAGGUGGAAAUCUAAGAAAUGUGAUAUUCCAAGGUUCAAUGUAUAUGAUAUAUUGAUUAUGUUUCAAAAUAAAAGGGUUGUGUUUGUUGGUGAUUCCAUGAGUAGGUCACAGUGGGAAUCAUUAAUAUGUUUGCUCAUGACAGGUGUAGAAGAUAAGAAGAGUGUUUAUGAGGUCAACAGCAAUAAGAUAACAAAACGGAUUAGAUUUUUAGGUGUUCGGUUCCACUCCUUUAAUUUCACAAUUGAGUUCUUUCGAUCAGUAUUCUUGGUGCAACAUGUUUGGAUGCCUAUACAUGCACCAAAGCGGGUUAGGUCAACACUUAGAUUGGACAAGAUGGAUGAUAUUAGUAGCAAGUGGGUUAAUUCAGAUGUUCUCAUAUUCAACACAGGACAAUGGUGGGUGCCAGGGAAGCUUUUUGAAACGGGCUGCUAUUUCCAGGUUGGGAAUGCACUGAAGCUUGGAAUGUCGAUUCCUGCAGCCUUCAAAAUAGCACUCAACACCUGGGCAUUAUGGGUACAAAACACUGUUGACACAAAUAGAACACGUGUCUUCUUCAGGACUUUUGAGCCAUCCCAUUGGAGUGAUCAAUCCCAUAGGUUUUGCAAUGUGUCCAGGCAACCAUUAUCAGAAACCAGAGGGAAGGAGAGAAGACUAUUUUUAGAUGCCACCUGGGAGAUUGUAAAAAAUAUGACAGUUCCUGUAACCAUACUAAAUAUUACCUCCAUGUCAGCUUUCAGAAGUGAUGCACAUGUUGGCAAGUGGAAUGACAACUCACCUAUAGCUGAUUGUAGCCACUGGUGUCUACCUGGAGUACCUGAUAUGUGGAAUGAAAUUUUGCUCUCUUUCUUGCUUUACCAACUGUAGACUCUCUCCAAUGAUUAUACACUUGUUUAACAACUUCAAAUGGCAAUUCUGAAGAUUAGGAUUGAAGAAACAAUUUUGGGCAGCGGCUAAAACAACACAUGGGUAUCACUUCUGGAAAGUUAUGCGAGAAAUAAGAAAAUUGAAAGAUGGUGCAGCUUAUAACUGGUUAAUGCAGUUUUUAUUAAGUCAGUUGUAUCGCCAUUCAUUUUGGGAAGAUGCAAAGAUAGAUCACCUCACAAACAAUAUGACUGAACCAUUAAAUAGUUGAAUAAUGAAAAUAAGAGGAUAGCCUAUAGUAUCACUACUUGAAGCUUUUCGGCAAAAGAGUAUGGUGAGAAUGCACAAAAGUAUGCAAAUGCAUGUAAUUGGGAUGAGACACUUACACCAAAAGUAAAGAACUCCCUUAAUACAAUUAUAUAGGAGAGUCGACAUUGCCGUUUGUUGCCGGGGAGAAAUGACGAGUUUAAGGUUCAUGAUGGACCUUUAAAAUUUGCAGUCAAACUGCAACAAAAGACUUGUUCUUGCAAUUGGUGGACAAUAGUAGCCUCCCUUGUAAACAUGUUACUUUGUGCAUGGGGUAAAGAGAGGCAACAUUGAAGAUUAUUGUAAUUCUUAUUAUAUUUUCUCAACUUAUAUGCAAGUGUAUGAGGGGGUAAUUCAUCUGGUGCCUGAUAAAGAAUUAGAACUACCUUCUGAUGAGCAAUGCAUGAAUUCUCCUCCAUUGAAGAGGUUACCUGGUAGACCUCAUAAAGUCAGGAGAAGGGAAGAGGGUGAAG